GAGGAGCAGUGGAGGGACCUGGGGCCCCCACCAAGGGAGAAGAGAGGAGGGACCUGGGGCCCUCACCAAGGGAGAAGAGAGGAGGGACCUGGGGCCCCCACCAAGGGAGAAGAGAGGAGGGACCUGGGGCCCCCACCAAGGGAGAAGAGAGGAGGGACCUUGGGCCCCCACCAAGGGAGAAGAGAGGAUGGACCUGGGGCCCCCACCAAGGGAGAAGAGAGGAGGGACCUGGGGCCCCCACCAAGGGAGAAGAGAGGAGGGACCUGGGGCCCCCACCAAGGGAGAAGAGAGGAGGGACCUGGGGCCCCCACCAAGGGAGAAGAGAGGAGGGACCUUGGGCCCCCACCAAGGGAGAAGAGAGGAGGGACCUUGGGCCCCCACCAAGGGAGAAGAGAGGAGGGACCUUGGGCCCCCACCAAGGGAGAAGAAGAGAGGAGCGACCUUGGGCCCCCAACAAGGGAGAAGAGAGGAGGGACCUUGGGCCCCCACCAAGGGAGAAGAGAGGAGGGACCUUGGGCCCCCACCAAGGGAGAAGAGAGGAGGGACCUUGGGCCCUCACCAAGGGAGAAGAGAGGAGGGACCUUGGGCCCCCAAAAAGGGAGAAGAGAGGAGGGACCUUGGGCCUUCACCAAGGGAGAAGAGAGGAGGGACCUUCGGCCCCCACCAAGGGAGAAGAGAGGUGGGACCUUCGGCCCCCACCAAGGGAGAAGAGAGGAGGGACCUUGGGCCCCCACCAAGGGAGAAGAAGAGAUGAGCGACCUUGGGCCCCCAACAAGGGAGAAGAGAGGAGGGACCUUGGGCCCCCACCAAGGGAGAAGAGAGGAGGGACCUUGGGCCCCCACAAAGGGAGAAGAAGAGACGAGCGACCUUGGGCCCCCACCAAGGGAGAAGAGCGGAGGGACCUUCGGCCCCCACCAAGGGAGAAGACAGGAUGGACCUUGGGCCCGCAACAAGGGAGAAGAGAGGAGGGACCUAGGGCCCGCAACAAGAGAGAAGAGAGGAGGGACCUUGGGCCUUCAACAAGGGAGAAGAGAGGAGGGACCUUGGGCCUUCAACAAGGGAGAAGAGAGGAGGGACCUUGGGCCCCCACCAAGGGAGAAGAGAGGAGGGACCUUCGGCCCCCACCAAGGGAGAAGAGAGGAGGGACCUUGGGCCCCCACCAAGGGAGAAGAAGAGAUGAGCGACCUUGGGCCCCCAACAAGGGAGAAGAGAGGAGGGACCUUGGGCCCCCACCAAGGGAGAAGAGAGGAGGGUACUUGGGCCCCCACAAAGGGAGAAGAAGAGACGAGGACCUUGGGCCCCCACCAAGGGAGAAGAGAGGAGGGACCUUGGGCCCCCACCAAGGGAGAAGACAGGAUGGACCUUGGGCCCCAACAAGGGAGAAGAGAGGAGGGACCUAGGGCCCCAACAAGAGAGAAGAGGAGGGACCUUGGGCCUUCAACAAGGGAGAAGAAGAGAGGGGACCUUGGGCCCCCACCAAGGGAGAAGAGAGAGGGAGGGACCUUGGGCCCCCACCAAGGGAGAAGAGAGGAGGGACCUUGGGCCCCCACCAAGGGAGAAGAGAGGAGGGACCUUGGGCCCCCACCAAGGGAGAAGAGAGGAGGGACCUUGGGCCUUCAACAAGGGAGAAGAGAGGAGGGACCUUCGGCCCCCACCAAGGGAGAAGAGAGGAGGGACCUUCGGCCCCCACCAAGGGAGAAGACAGGAUGGACCUUGGGCCCGCAACAAGGGAGAAGAGAGGAGGGACCUUGGGCCCGAAACAAAGGAGAAGAGUGGAGGGCGGUGAGAUGUUUAGCACCUGCCCACUGCAAGGGCAAACUGCAGCGCAUCGUCCAGUCUGGGGGAAAGGCCAUCGGAUGUCACCUGCCCUCCAUCAAGGACCUGCCUGCCUCCAGGACAAAGAAGCGGCGCUCACAGACAGAGACCCCCUCUACGUUGUCUCUCACAGCAGUGAAGGGCCCUACUCUACCACAGAGACAGAACACAGUGAAGGGCCCUACUCUACAACAGAGACAGAACACAGUGAAGGGCCCUACUCUACAACAGAGACAGAACACAGUGAAGGGCCCUACUCUACAACAGAGACAGAACACAGUGAAGGAGCUCAGCACAGAGACAGAACACCAUGAUGGGCCCUACUCUACCACAGAGCUCAACACAGAGACAGAACACCAUGAUGGGCCCUACUCUACCACAGAGCUCAACACAGAGACAGAACACCAUGAUGGGCCCUACUCUACCACAGAGCUCAACACAGAGACAGAACACCAUGAUGGGCCCUACUCUACCACAGAGCUCAACACAGAGACAGAACACCAUGAUGGGCCCUACUCUCCCACAGAGCUCAACAAGGAGACAGAACACCAUGAUGGGCCCUACUCUACCACAGAGCUCAACAAGGAGACAGAACACCAUGAUGGGCCCUACUCUCCCACAGAGCUCAACAAGGAGAGACAGAGGAGACAGAACACCAUGAUGGGCCCUACUCUACCACAGAGCUCAACAAGGAGACAUAACCCCAUGAUGGGCCCUACUCUCCCACAGAGCUCAACAAGGAGACAGAACACCAUGAUGGGCCCUACUCUACCACAGAGCUCAACACAGAGACAGAACACCAUGAUGGGCCCUACUCUACCACAGAGCUCAACACAGAGACAUAACCCCAUGAUGGGCCCUACUCUACCACAGAGCUCAACACAGAGACAGAACACCAUGACACCAUAA